UAAUCAUGAAACUGACUCACCAGCAACUUGUUAAACCUGUUUGUGUUGUUCCUUUUAUUUUAAAGUCAAAUAUUACUACCACUCGAGAUUUCAACAAAAGCACGAAACACCCUAAACAAAUGACAAAAAUCAUUUACUCAAGAUGAACACCUGCCCUGCACAUUCCACUGCCUGCCAGUCUGGUGUUAUUGGUGUGUUUCUUGUGGUAUGUUGCCUUAUGAAUCAAGAUUUUGCACGAGUACAUUGUGUAGCGAAUCAUGACGGAGCUUUAAAGUUGAAAAGGUUUUUAUAUGAAGUGGCAGAAGAUGGCCUAGGAAUCCAUGAAAUGCAGAAAGCAUUUGAUGAUAAUGCAGCUGUUAAUAAGUCCAUAGAUCCUGCACGGAAACUGAAAAAGUUGGCACAGUCUGUUAAGAAGAUUUUGGAUGAUGCCAAAAAGGCUGUCAAGAAACUGAAAAAAAGUUUUGAAGAAGAAUUUGAAAAGUUUUCAAGAACCCACAACCCUUGGAAGCUGUGUACAUCUUUACAGAUCCAGGAUCUUAAGUGGGACGAUUUUACCAAAAACUAUGUCCGAAAUGAAGCUUGCGAAAUCCAAGCACCAAAUGAAAAAAAUGCUUCAGCUUUCUGGUAUAUUACAAAAAAUGUUAUUGAUAAAGCCAAAAACAACAAGAAAGAACUACAGAACUUAAUUUUGUGGCAAUACUGGGCAGACAAAAAUGGCCUUCUUACCAUUUACCCUGCUCUUAAAAAGACAAACGAGUCAUGAUCCAAGAACUCGGCCCUGGUAUCGACAGGCUGCUUCAACUGGAGGAAAAAGUAUUGUUAUUCUUCUAGAUCGAUCCCGAUCAAUGAUGAACGUUUUGGAUCUUGCAAAGCAUGUAGCUAUGACUCUGUUAGAGUUGUUAAAUCCAGAAGA